AUGUCGGUGGGCAGCGGCGGCGGCGGCGGCGGCUCGACGAGCAACAGCUCACAGCCCGAGGAGCUGUGCCUCGUGUGCCAGGACAUAUCGACAGGUUAUCACUAUGGAGUGCCGUCGUGCAAUGGAUGCAAAACUUUCUUUCGUCGCACGAUUAUGAAGAAUCAAACGUUUGUGUGCCAAUUCGAAGGCAAAUGCCCCGUUGAUAAAAGCAUUCGAUGCGCGUGUCGACAUUGUAGAUUCGAGAAGUGCCUCAAAGUGGGAAUGGAUCGCAACGCAAUUCAACAGAAUCGCGAUCCGAUCGGUUACACGAAGCGAACGCGAAGGUAUCCGCCCAUCAAGAAGGUUGAGUCGAGCGAGGAGUGCUCGCCGGGCGGCGCGGUCUUCAACGAGUCCGACGCCACCGAUGACAUGUUCCUGAAUCAGCUAGCUACAAUUGAGACGAAAUGUUGCGCUCUUCGAUUAGCCGAUUACAUGCCUACGCAGAAUCUGAUUGAAGCGGUUGCUUCUCCUUGCCUCUUGCUCGAUGAUCAAUUUAUGGCUGAAAAUUCGAUUCCGGCGUCUCGUCAUCAAUUCGGCGCACUGCGUUUCGCCACUCAGCAGGAUUAUCACUAUUGGCAUGAGCGCGACUGGUUCGUGAUGAUCGAGUGGGCGAAAACGAUACCGGCGUUCGAAGCGUUGCCCUUCAAUGAUAAGUUGGCACUUCUUCGUCAUUCUGCUAUCACUUAUCCGAGUUUGGUGCAUGUCUACAAUUCACCGGACCAUGGUCCCGAUACGAUAGUGUUUCCCGAUGGCGCUUAUUUUGAUAGGACGCCGGAGCCGAGCAGGCCAUUGGGAUUCAACAAGAAAAAGUAUCAGAUGCUCGAUCAGCUGCUUAAACCGAUUCGAAGUAUGCAAAUCGAUAUGACGGAAUUCGCCGCAUUUAAGACGAUAUUUUUCUUGAAUCCCGAUGCCGAUGAUGUGGACGCGGAAUCGAAAAAGAUGCUUAGCGACGGCAGAAGCGCUAUCACCAAUGCCUUAUACAGGUAUAUGGUGAAGAAGAAGGGCCCCGAAGAAGCGGGAGAUAGAUUUGGACGCCUCCUACUUUUGGGAACCGUGCUGGCGACGAUGGCUGUUGAAAUGAAGGAAGCGGUCUUAAAAACUUGGGUGCAGAAUUUCAUCAAGUUUCAAUAUAUUUUUGAGGGCAAACACGGUAAAGCGAAGAUUGUCCCGUUAGGUUGUGUACCGACGAAUGUCGACGACGGCGAGAUGCUCAAAGCUGGCGAGCAACACCAGGAGCACGACUUUGUAUUUUCUUGCGAGCAGGGUGCUGAUGGGGUUCUCAAUUAUGAAGCGAUCGCAUGCGUCGAUGCAUUCGGUACGAUAAUGUAUCCAGGCGAGACGCGUCGUCUCAGCAACGGCACCGUCGUGUUGCACUGCAAUAUAUUCGGCGGCGCUUUAAAGAAGGUUGUCGAACGCGCCGCCGGCUGCUAUUUCAAUGAAACAAUAUUUGGCGAAGAAGAGAAAUGGGUGGAGAGGGUGAAGAACACCAACGACACCAAUGGAAUGGAUGGGCGUCUCAUGCAAUGCUUCAGGCCGCAUUACAGCUAUUUUGAGAGCCAUGUGGUCGGAUGUGUGAUCGGAAGACUCGGCAUUCUCAUCGGCGAAUUCGGAUUGAAGCCGGAUGGCACCUACGCGAAAUGUGUGGAAAAUGAGCUUGGCAAUGUGCGGCUCGUGCCGGCGAGCAUUGACGAUCUCGCGUGCAAGCUGGACAAUGUCACUCAUGCUCAUGACACUCAAUGGACCGAUGAGAGAAGGAGCGCAAUCAUGCGAUGCACUUAUGGGCAUAUCGUGAAAACGCAAUGCGUGAUUGAUGGAGAAAUUGUGCCGAUUGGUCAGGAGAUUCCGAUUAGUCGCGGAUGCGUAUUUCUAUGUCAUCCUCAAACCAACGUCUACAUUUGUGACGACAAACUCAAAGAGUUCAAAAUCGUCGACAAGAGCUCGCUGAGCGAAAUGAAGACAAAAGCCAAAUCGAAAUUGCGAAUUUAA